GUGUUUAGUUUGCAGGUUUCGGGAGCGCAAACCUCAUUCCUGCGGUGGCGUUUUUGUCGCUCGCUGUGAGCUCAAACCUGCUUUUUCUACCUGUUCAUUCAUUCGUUUUUUCUUUUCUUUUCUUUUUUUUUUACUCGGAUAAACGCUUUUGCGAUAAAAAACCGUUUAUGGUCCUGGCUGAAGAUUUCACCAUGUCUCGCACUGACGAGGUUCAUCGAUUGACGGAAAAUGUUUAUAAGACCAUCAUGGAGCAGUUCAACCCCUGCUUACGGAACUUUGUUGCCAUGGGGAAGAACUAUGAGAAGGCCCUCGCCAAUGUGACAUUUGCUGCAAAAGGCUACUUUGAUGCUCUGGUACGAAUGGGUGAGCUGGCCAGUGAGAGUCAAGGAUCCAAAGAUUUGGGGGACGUUCUGUUCCAGAUGGCUGAGGUCCACAGACAGAUCCAAGUGCAGCUAGAGGAAAUGCUUAAAUGCUUCCAUAAUGAGCUGCUUUCUGAACUUGAGAAGAAGGUGGAUCUAGAUGCUCGGUACUUGACUGCUGCCUUGAAAAAAUACCAGCUGGAACACAAGAGCAAAGGGGAGAGUCUGGAAAAAUGCCAGGGUGAACUGAAGAAGCUUCGAAGGAAGAGUCAAGGCAGUAAGAACCCUUCAAAGUAUGGAGAGAAGGAGAUGCAGUUUGUGGAGACCAUUAGCAAUAAGCAGACAGAGCUAGACACCUUCAUAGCUGAGGGCUACAAGACGGCCUUGUCAGAGGAACGCCGCAGAUACUGCUUCCUGGUGGACCGACAGUGUGCUGUGGCCAAAAACAGCAGUGCCUACCAUGGAAAGGGAAAAGACCUUUUGACUCAGAAGAUCCCAGUGUGGCAGCAGGCCUGCUCAGAUCCCAACAAACUGCCUGACAGAGCCAUGCUGCUGGCCCAGCAGAUGGGUUCUGCUGCUCUUGGAGGCACAAGUCCCCUGCACUCCUCCAAAUCCAAUCUGGUCAUCUCAGACCCCAUACCAGGGGCUCAGCCUCUUCCUGUUCCCCCGGAGCUGGCUGUUUUUAUGGGGAGCGGCCUCGGACACCCAGCGAGGCUGAUGGGCCCAGAUGGCAUGUCGAUGGUCAAUGGGACGACAGGAGUCCACGGCGAGGAAUACUGGACAGAUGGGGGUUCAAUGUCUGUGUCUCAAGUUAGGCCAGCAUCCCCUCAGACUCAGGCACAGGGCCAGGCCCAGGUCCAGCCCCAGAGACAGGUCAGCGAUGUCUACUCCAACACCCUCCCUGUGCGUAGGCCUGCUCCUGCCAAGAAUAAAAACCCAGUGGGAGAGACACGGACUCUGCCCAGGUCCAGCUCCAUGGCAGCCGGACUGGAAAAGAACGGGCGCUCACGCGUUCAGGCCAUUUUCUCCCAUGCCGCUGGCGACAACAGUACCCUGUUAAGCUUCUCCGAGGGAGAUGUCAUCACCCUGCUAGUGCCAGAGGCUCGUGAUGGCUGGCACUAUGGAGAAAAUGAGAAGAACAAGAUGCGUGGCUGGUUCCCAUUCUCCUACACACGUGUGCUCCCUGAAAGUGAUGGCGACAAGCUCAAAGUGAAUUCCAGUCUCCAUCAUGGUAAAAGCAGCAGCACUGGGAACCUGCUGGAGAGCGACGCAUCACUGCCCACACCUGACUACGGCCUAACUGCCCGACUGUUGGCACAGAGCUUAGCACAGACUCGCCCACGGCCCUACAGCAUGGCAGGGUUCGCUCCACAGCCUGCCAUUGAGGAUUAUGACAGCCGCUUUGCCACAAGUUUGGGUCCAGAAUUGUCCCGGUUCUGAGGGAACAGGACCGCUCGACCGGUCCCUCGAGCUCUUCCUCCGUCCUUCCUUCUCUGACGAAAGGUCUGCACCCAUCUACUACUAGCAACCUGCCGCCACCUUCUUUCCACUGAUGGGCGCCUAUUCUAUGAGAGAAGACAAGUAACCAUGACUUGCAUGUUUUAUAUUUACCACAAGAGGGCCCAGAAGUGGGAUUGUCUCAACAGAUGACUUGCUCAACCUCAAAUUUAGUUUCUUCUUUUAUUGAAAAAUUUCUUUUGAAGUUCUUAGAAACCAACAACUUCAACCACAAUUAAAUGUCUCUGCCUGAACUUUUAAAGGUGAUGGUUUAUAGAUUUAUUAAGUUACUUAGGUCACAACUGUUAUUGUUAAGGUAAAGUUACAAAGUUUUUCCUUUAUCUGCUUUUCUGUUAAAAUAUUAGUUUUUCUUCUAAGUUUCAUCUGAGUUUUUCUUUAAUAUGUAAAGAGGAGUGGGAUCUGAAAGCAGGGCCACAGAUCAGUUUGUCACUAUGCUUCAAUUUAGCUUCUUUUAGGUCAUUAAGAUGAUUAUAUUUGUUAGUGGUGAUGCAGGACACCCAGACUUUGACUCUCCUGUGCCUUCUCUGCUUUUUUGCUGGUUUUGUAAACAAAAAUAAAUGUUCUUAUUGUUCUGUUAUAUUGGUUUAAGGGUAAUUAUGUGCAGUAAAGUUCUGCCUGUUUUUUUUUUUUUUUUUUUUUUUUAUCCUGCCAAUAUUAUGGAAAUAUUUCAGAGCUACAAGUUCACAGUAAUACCCUAAAAUAUUUUUUAAUUGCUAUUUCUUUCCUUAUAAUUUUAAUUUUAUUAAUGUCUAAUUCUGUAAAUGAUCACGAUAUGGGGAAAAUCCUAAUACUGUCUUUUUUUUUUCUUUUUAGCAUUGAGGGAGUGGUUGAUAUUCAGAUAAACUCCAGUAUUAUCUUUUCAGAUCUUUCAUUCUCAGUAUUACAGGGCACUCUGAUCUAAAACACACAUGUUUUACAUAAAUUAGAAAGUGUGAAGAUGAAGACUAAAGAGGUUAAAAUCAAAGAAAUAUUGUUUGGAUUAAUGGGCAGCGAUGCUUUCCAGUAAGGCAUUGUACUCUAAAUUAUGAGUUUGUUUUUAACAAAUGAGUCAUUUACACUGAUGUGGUCACACUUGCAUCACAAUUAAGUGUCUUUUUUAUUUUAUUUUUAAAUAUAGCUGCCCUUGUCUUUAUUUCUAUCUUCACUCCCAGUUUGUACUAUAUCUACACUGUAAAGAAAAUGUGUUUAAAUUAUCCUGUCAAAUAAAUUUAAACUUACAUAGUUGG